UAGAAAAGAAAAUAAGAUCAUGGAGUGGGUCAGCAAGCGACAUUGCCUCCAAGUGCAAGUAAGGAACCAUGCUUUGGCAAAAGGAAAGGAACGUGGUGCCAAAAACUCACACCAUUACCUUGACACCCAUCUGCCCAAACACAUACGCCUGCUCUAUCUUGCAGUGCAUUCUUUUCCCGGUGCUCUACCACAUGACAGAGUGAACAUUCUGUUGUCUGAAGCAAGAUGGUCGAUUAAUAUAUCUUCGACUGGAACUGGAUUUCGUGGAGAUAACUUCCGUUUUUGCUGCGAGUGUUCUACCGCUCUUUCUCUCCUCCUGGACGCUCUUGAGGAAUUGGAUAAAUCUGCAGUCGAUGGGUUAGACAUAUUUUUCUAUGGUUUUGGUUUGCUGCUGAGAUUAGUUUACUCUCUGGAGAAGUGCAGCAUGCCUGCCAAGUACACACUGCGGGUAGACGGUAUUGAUGGCGCUGUCAAACAAUUGCUUGAUCUUUUGCGUGAUAACGAUGGUACUGCAGAAGGCAAAAUUCAAGCAUUCUUCUUUAGUGGUUUGAACGGCAGUGGUCUGGGAGCAUCUGUUGUUCUUGAAGCUACAGCCAAACUCCUCAAGUCCACAAGAAGUGAUCCUGAUACGAGAAACCAUUUUGGCAAAAUUGUUCAUGUGGACUGCUCCCUGUGGAAGAAUAGAAGGACGAUGCAGAGGGCAAUUGCUGAGGAGUUAAACCUUCAGCAUUUAAUGCCCAUUUUUUAUAAGCAUGAUGAAGACGAUGAUUUCAGAGGGGUGGAUGGCAGCUCUAGAGAAGAGAUAACAAGCAUCGGAAGUGCGAUCCAUGAAUCUCUGGUGAAUGGAAAAUUUCUGCUGAUUUUUCAUUAUGGGGGAGAUGCAUAUUUGGAUCUGGCAGAUUGUGGCAUUCCUAAAGUAGGAGCCUUUGGUAAAGGUAUAUUGUUAUGGACUAAUUAUGGAAGAUUUCAGUUCUUUCGGGAAGAACAGAAGUUGAUGGCCACAGCUAGCAUUGACAUGGAAAUCCAUGGCAUCACUUACGAGUAUAUGCGUCAAACAAUGCGUCCCUUCGUGCAUAAUGAAGUUGUUCAGGUGAUUGGGUACACCGGCAUGGAUGGCAUCAACCCAGCAACAUUUCUGGAUUGCUUCCUGUACUUAAUGUUCCUGACAGAACAACUAAGGGAAAACUCUAUCAUCGGUGUUGACUAUGGUUGGUCUGCUCAUGCAUGCAACUACUGGGUAUGUGAUGGAAUAAUUGGAGGGGACAGAGCUUGGGAGAUUGGCAAUGCAUUGUAUGAAGUGAUUCCACUGUCGGGAUAUCCAUCGUAUAUAACAAGGGAACACCUUUUCAAUAUACCAGAAAGCUUAAGAAAGGAACUAAAAGAAUACCUUUUGGAUGAACGAAGAAAACCCCAUGAAGGUUGGUGUUCAGUCACCUCCAACAAACAAGCAGCAGAGGAUAUCUCUAAUGUUCCUGAUAGUGCAUCAUCAUAUUUCCUAACAUUUCAGGGAGAUGAUCCAGGAUAUCUGCAUGGUGAUAUGUUUCGGGUAGCCAGCAAUCUCCGUGUGCUUAAACUCUGCAAUUGCAGCUUUAAUUUUUCAUCGCCCCCUUUCCACUGCUGUCAGAAUCUAAGAUUUCUUUGGCUGGACCGUUGUACAAACACAGAGAAGAAGCAAGGCGGAGGAUCAUUUUUUCCAAACCUGCUAGUCUUUGACUUGCGUUUCACAGAAUAUGUUUUGUUGCCACAGAUUAUUGAAUCGAUGACCAGUCUUAGGGAAUUGAAUACAGUGGGAGUCUCAUGGAAGUCAAUAUGUCAUGCAUGGGAAAAGCUACACAAACUUAACAAGCUCAGAGUGAGAGAGUCUUCAGAUUUUAUCACAUUUGACAGUUGCUCUUCCAAACAUGUGAAUAAUCUGGAGCUCCUUGACUUGUCCGGCAAUACUCUCUUGGAAUCAUUGCCAACAUUGUCAUCAGAAAGAAGCCUGAAGAUGCUUGUUCUUGAUGGUUGUUCCAGCUUGGAGCAGGUUGCACUUGAAGGAGGUGCCCCACUGCUUGAGAGUUUCAGUUUCGAUGGUUAUGGCCCAGUUGAGGAUUGGACACAUUCCAUACAGUUGCCACAAAAGGAACUGCGCCUGAAGACUCCUAUAAUAGCUCCACUUGAAAAAGCUAAGGUGACCAAGAUCUCCCUACAUGGCUGUGUCCUAUUGCAUGACAUAUUUUUGCGUGCAUUGCCCUAUCUGGAGGAACUGGACCUGUCUUGUACAGCCAUUAAAACACUUGACCUCAAUGCAAUGGAUGUCCCACAACUCAAGAAGCUGUUCCUACUGGGUUGUCAUCAGCUCCGUAGCCUACUUUGGGAUGGAUGGAAGACUUCUUUGACAGUGUUACAUAUAGACACACAGGUAAAGGGAAGAUCGACCACCUGUCCUGGAGAAAAAACAACAUUUGACUUUGAGGCAUGUAUUGCUUUCACGGAUGGAAGGUUCAUUUGGUCGGCCAUAGAGGGACUAUAUUUGAAAAUAUUCCAUUCAUACCUUCCCAAAGUGUACCUGCUCAUCUCUUGUAUGAGCUACGGCCAAGCCAGCAUCACAAAAGGUAUUCAGGAGAUCAGCCCUAACGAAGAGGGUAUGGUUCCAAAAGGGACGUUAUUAACUUAUAGUGAUAUCGCCCUUGCUAAAGACGUAACACACUCGUCCUUGGUGUGGGACCGUCAACAGCUUCAACCUUCGCGCACGCAUAUAGAGAUUGGUGAAGGAAGCUACAACUUAGAGAGUAUGCAGGACGAUGUAUUUUUCAGAUAUUUCAUCGACUAUUGUGUUGAAUCAUUGUAUUUGCAUGACAAUUCCUCUAUCACGGCUAUCCCUCCAACGACACCAGCGAGCUGGACAUACCUAAAAUGGUGUCAUGUUGAGAAGUGCCCCAAGCUGCACACUCUGUUUACUUGUUGGAUCAGACAUGACAGCUUUCAGCAUAUAACGAUAUUUUCAGCUUCUGAUCUCGUGAUGGCCUAUUGCAUCUGGGUAAGAAGCAUUGAUGGUAAUUUUGGAAGAACUGGUUUCCAACAACUGCAGCACAUAUAUUUACACAAUUGCCCCAGGCUGGUAUUCGUCCUCCCCAUUUCAUUCAGCUUGCCAAACUUGGAGAGCAUCCAGAUCGCAUACUGCAGUAAUAUUCGACAUGUUUUUCCAUUGCACGAUGAGGUCCCGCAAGAAAUAGCAUCUGGCGUCACAUUCACGAAUCUAAAGCACAUCAAGCUACAUCACCUUCACAAGCUGGAGCAGAUAUGUGAGGUCAGAUUGACAGCGCCGGUGUUGGAGACAAUUGGCCUUAGGGACUGCUGGGGCCUGAGGCGUCUACCGGCUGUAGCAAGUCAUGGUCCUAAGCCGGUGGUGGACUGCGAGAAGGACUGGUGGGACAAGCUGGAGUGGGAUGGCUUGGAUGCCGGCCAUGACCCGUCGCUCUUCCAAACGCGGCACUCGGCUUACUACAAGAAGACCAUCCCGAGAGGCUCCGUCCUAAGGUAAUCUGUAUCAUUGUUAACUGCGGUGUUUAUGCAAGGGAAGUUGCUUACCUGAAGUGCUUCCAUAUGCCUGCGUGCUUGCAAGACUUGUUGGUGCUGCUACUUGCAAGACGAAUAAAUUGUGUGUUUUCACCAAGCUAUGCCUGAUCUUGGUAUGCUUGGAUUGGUGUACGUGUUAAAGCAAGCACAAGAGUGCUAGCUUUAAAAGCUUGGUGUGGCGUUCACAACCUAGCUGAUUUGUGUUGGUUUGAUGUCUGUUUUUGUAAUAAGAGGAUGAUCACACCUGUACUGUGUGCAUCAGCCGAGUGUGGUGUGUGAUUGAUGAACCUUAAAUUCAGAUUGUAUUUGGUUGAUGAAACGUCAUUUAUUACUGUGAUGAAUUUUUAUGUGAUUCGCAAGAUUCUUGAGUGAAUAAACUGUCAGAUGCUAAUA